AUGGCGGCCACUCAAGUCUGUCCCGUCGUGGGAACAACCAACACCGUCCUCCCUCCCAAACACCCCGACUUCGACAUUAACCAGCCUGGUCAAGUUUGUCCAGUGACCAAGGCGACAACCGACCAUCACCAUAACCUUUCGAAGCAUCCGGGAAUCUUCGACUCGUCCUCCGACCUCUCGAAUGCGGAUAACUGCCCUGCUUUGACCAAGAUCGUCAGCCGACCCGAGCAGCAGGCUAUGGACGAGGCCAUCUGCCCUGUGGUUGGCACUGUCUCCAGUGUCUUGCCCCCCAACCACCCGUCUACGAAGGAGGCAAAGGAAGGGGAUCAGAAGGAUGGCACAGGCUGUACACCCGAGAAGACAUGCCUCGUCUUAUGUUCACAGAAUGCGCUCCUUGCCGUGGUUGUGUCGGUCUCGGUGGUCGAUUCAGUACUUUUGGGCUAUCACAGCUCCUUGAUGGGCAGUCUCAAAGUGAUGCCAACACAUAACAAGUACUUCAAGCUGACUAUUGCGACCAACUCCUUGAACACGGCAAUUUCAUACGUUGGAGGGUCCUGCGCUGCCCUCGUCGCAGGAUUCGUUGUUGCGUGGUUAGGGAGAUGGAAAACUAUCAUGCAUUCUUGUAUUCUCCCGCUGAUCGGACCUACUAUUCAGGCCGCCGCACAGAAAACCGGGAUGUUCAUCGGGGGUCGGUUCGUUGUCGGCAUCGGGCUCGGACUCGCCCAAACCGCAUGUCCAACCUACGUGGCCGAGACUGCUCCUCCACAGCACAGAGCGGUGGCAUUGGGCUUAUACUACGCUUCUUGGGGUGUCGGCACGGCUUGUUGCAUCUGGAGUCUGCUACUCGACGCAACACUAUUCCUUCACGUGGGCAUGGAGAACGCCCAGCUCGGUCCAGAUUGUGCCGAGCAUUCUCUGCAUGCCCUGGAGGUGCUCGCAGCCAUCAAUGCCAAUGGCGAUAAAGAGUCACCGGUCGUUCUGGUCCAAUACCGCGAGAUCACAGAUACAAUCGCGUGGGAGAAGAGCCAGCAAUUGUCCUGGGAGCAGGCGUUAAGCGCCAAGGGCAAUCGCAAGCGCAUCGUCAUUACUUCGACAUUCCCCAUCAUCGUCAUGUUACCAGGAACCAACAUCAUCACCUUCUACUUUGGCGACAUGCUCUCGCAGGCGGGAAUCACCAAUCCGACAACUCAGCUGGAAAUCAACAUCAUCCUCACCUGCUCGACCUUGGCCGUCUCACUCCUCGGGAAAAAGACUCUUUGCUUAAUCAGUCUGGCUGGCCAGAUCGUAACGUUCUAUAUUCUCGCCGGACUGACUGCCCUCUACGGUGACUCCUCGAAUAAGUCAGGCAUCUAUGGCACUAUUGCAAUGAUAUUCCUCUACAGUGCAGCCUAUGCUUACAUCUUCACGCCACUCACAGUGCUGUAUCCGCCUGAAGUCCUCUCGUACUCCUUGCGUUCCGUCGGCAUGGGCUUGUACACCCUCACGACGAAACUACGACGGUUAUUGGUGACUAUGGCAUUUCCUUUCGCCCUCAACGCCAUAGGUUGGAAGACCUACAUCAUCAAUGCGAGUGCCGACAUUGUCAUGCCGGCCGGCGUGAUGUGGUACUGGGUGGAAACCAGGGGACGCACGCUCGAGGAAACCGAUAAGUUGUUUGAUGGGGGAGAACAUUCUGAUGUCCCCGGACUUGAAGGCCGUGCAGACGGGGAAGUCGAAGUGGGAAACGAGCUGUUGAAGAAUGUAGCCAGUAGAGUGGAGAAUCAAGACGUGGUGAUCACGAAGGAGUAA